AUUCACCAAGCUGAUGUUUGGAACGUUGUUGUGGGAACGUAGUAAUAUUUUCGGUAUCAGCCCGUUGCGAAAUCGGAAGCUCAUAGAAUAUAUUGUAUCGGGAAUGAUUUCUCUCUCUUCGUCUGAUAAUCUUACACUCGACCUCAUGACUUGAACGUGGACUGAAGAUGUCUGACAGACCAGUUCUAUGCGCAGCUUGUAGCGAGCCCAGUCCCGGGCCAAUAAGGCGUUUAUACUAUCAGCCACGAAAACAUGGUCCAUUCUUUCCUAUACUGGAACAACAGAAAGUUGGAAUCAAAGCAAGUUUAUUUGCCGGAGGACGAGUGGCCGUCUGUACAGGCUGUGCCAGCCAUUUGCAAAGACAGUGGAUCGCAUUUGAAAAAAACUGGACUCCUUUGGAAAAACGAACCUACACACUCUUAGCAGCCAGUAGAGCACCAAAAGGUGAUGAUUUCAGCGAAACUGGGUCGCAGGACCACGCGGCUAAACUUCAGUGGCGCAAAGCCGCCAAAACACUGACAGUUCAACAUCAAAUUAUGGACAGCUUCCAACACUCGUCACGUCAUGAUGAUCCAAGCCCCGUUAGUAGAUUCAAAAUGGCGGCCCAGCGCGUCCAACACGAUAGAGAGGCUAACCUAGCUGGUUCCAGUCUCCACGAUGUGGUUCAAAUGGCAAGCGAAGCCAAUACCGAUUAUGAUACACCACGAUCUGACAGAAACGCAGGAAACUUGCAUCUUCCAGUUUUAACAAGAAACUCUCCAGUAGAGAAUCGUUUAGCAGGAGGUACGUCAUCUGAAUUUCAGGAUCAACUUCCUCAGAAAUUACGUGAAAGCGCAGACAUUCUGAUACGUAAAGUAGCAGAAAUUCAAUACGAAGAAAAUCUGCGACAGUCGCAAGAAACCAUUCGCGAGGCACUGGACCGAGUUAAAAAGGCACAAGACCGAACGCAGUUUGUGAACAGUUUAGGGCGCGAUCUUAAAGAGCGCCUUUAUGGUGAACUUGAGUUCAGAGACACUAACAGAAGUUUGAACGAGGAAAGAAGAGGAAAAACUGAUCAGGCGCUCAAAGACAGCGACGAUUCGAGACAUAAGCAAAUAUUAAAAGAACUGGCCAAGGAGAAGGAAUGGCAGCGAAAAACAGAAGGCAUGAUUGCCAAACAGGAAAAGAGAAUCGAAGAGCUUCGACAAGAGGUGAAGAUAGAAAUCCGGAGCAUUUUGGAAGAACAAAACAGGCAUUACGAGGAACUAAAGCAAAUGAUGAAAGAUUCCAGAGCAUUAGUACCCCAUAAUGGCAGCGACCACGCUUACGUGAGUCUGGAUGGGUCGACGCAUUCUGGAUCAAAUCUGGAGGAUCUUAUUCCAAGUAGAAAGAGAAGGCGCGACAGGGAACCCAGCACAAAUUCGGCACUACAAGAGCAUUCUCGUGCAAGCACGCCAGAAUAUUAUAUCCAGUAGAUGAAACGUUUUGGUACACAAUUUCACAUAUCAUUCAUACAUUUUUACGCCUAGAAUACCCCCAUCCCCCCCAUGCAGCUAUUAAUAUACGAAUUAUAUACAUUCCGCGGAGGAAAUCUAUACAAAUCACACACAUUCUCCAUGAAAAAAAAUUGUAAACAUUCAAAUAUAAAAGAACAAAAUAGUUCAUCUAUAGGCAUUGAUGGCAAGAAUCCUUUUGCCAGAACACAUGAACAAAACUUCUUUAUCCAGUUGAUGUAGAGCAAUCCCAAUUUAAUCGCUAGCUGCCUUUCGUCAGCGAAGCCAAUAAUCGCUAUUAACAUAUCGUAUCCAUCCGUAAGUGAAUCUUUAAUGACUAUGAUAAUACAAUCAACUCUCUAUUAACGGACACCUCUAUAAGCCGGACAGCUGGUGCUGGACCCGCCCGUUUCUUAGUCAUUUUACUAUAACCAAACUCUCUGCAAGACGGACACUUCUAUAAGACGGACAACGGACGAUUUGAAAUCUUCAACGGACACUUGUGAGGUGCUGAAUGUGACCGAAAAUUACGAUUUAGGGAAGAAAACUUCUUAAAUUACCAAGUACCCGAGACUCCUUUUAACACCAGACGUUUAAUUGACAGCUCUUAUCUUGUCGGCGGAAUACAUACAGUACAAGUUAAAAUUAAAUCAGUCAUUGUCUCUCAUUGAAAAAAUAACUUGGAGAUGACAACCGAAUGGUAUUGUAAUCUAAAACAGUUAUUUUCGUGCUUUCUUUGCUGAACUACAGCUUUCCCCACCGUUAUCCCCUUGCUACCUCCUCUUGCUGCUGGUUUUUCUUUCUUGAUUCCUGGUUAAAGUGUCCUCAACUAUCUUUCUUUCUUUCGCAAUGCGUUCACUUAGCCAUUUCACAGCUAGCGAGUUCCCUGAAAAAUACUUAACUGCUGAUCAAGAGAUUCCAUCAUGUGAGCCUCCUGUUAAUACCACCCUCCCCAACUGGCGUCAACGAUUAAGGGAUGAAGCCCUCCAUCUCUAUCAAAAAGAGUCCGAGGAACCUGCCAGCAAAGUUGUAGUGGUCGCAGAAGAAGACCAAGCAAGAUGUGGACUUUGAACCACCUGCUCCAACCAUCAAAUCCACUACAGAAGCUCUUAGACUGGUUGACGACCUAAAGGAAUUCGCUUCAACAACCCUACAAGAUGAAAUACUCGUAUCAAAAUUAAGCAGCGUUGGUCAGCGCUUUAAGGUUUUUCAACUCUUGCACCUGAAACAAUCCACGAUAACAGAUUUCUUUUCUUCCUAAGUCCAUGCCCCGACCAAAGCCAUGGCUUUCACCAAUACAUCUCGGAGCCCGGAACAGGCUACGAAAGACAGUGCAGAAUGUACUGUUCGCUGUUUGAACUCUAGUUAACGCAUUAACUAUUGAUUGUAAUACGACAAGAGAUUCAAUUUUACAAACAUGUUUUUGUUCCAGUUUGUAGGUUUCGUUCUAGUAAAUAACUUAAAACAAAGUUUAAA